AUCCUUUCGUGCAAUCAGAGUGAUAGCUAGAGAAAAGAAUACUCCUCUCAUCUCCGUACAAACAAAACAAAAGAAAACCUAUACAUAUAUUCAUUUGUUGGUUUGCUGGGUUGAUCCAAAAAGGAUUAUAUUUCCCUUCUUUCCAAGAGCUAUAAGAUCCAUAGUUCUUUUGUGUGAGGGUUUCUUUUCAACAAAAAGGCAACCGGGCAACGGUCGAAGGUUUCAGUCGAGGUAGCUAUAAGUCUGAAACGUGGUAGGAUUAUUCUGGGAGCGAGCUAGCCAGACCCGUCCGAAUAGCUAUCGGGAUACGGGGGCUAUCUUUCUUCAAGGCCAAUCCGUCUUAACGGACGAUCCUGCGAUAAGUUUUCUUAUCCUUUCUAUUUAUUCAUUUUGUUAAUAUUCUAAUUAUUAUUAUUUUUAUUUGUUCUUGCAUUUGUUGGUUUGUCUGGUGAUUUGUAUAAACUCGGGAUUUUUAUCUGGUUAAACUCGCACUUUUUAAUAUCAAUUUUCUAACAAAUAGCACGGGGUUUCCUUCUGUUCAACAAAACAAUACUAGGAAGAGAUCAUCCAACAAGCUUAAAAAUCAAGGGGGAAAUAGGUAUCGAUGUGUUCCGUUUACAGGGGCAUCAAAUGGUUUUAAACUUAUCAUCGAAAGCAAAUCAUUUUGUUUCAAUAUUAUGGAUUGCAAUAAUAUUCGUAUAUGUGAAACGAAAUGCGAUAUUUCAUCUUGUGUUGUGCUUGAUAGUGAAAGCAUCAUUUGGCUAAGGGACUCCAUUUCUGCUCUUCUUUGUGAUAAUUGGUCUUGCACCCAAUUUGAGCUCAAGAAUUCUUUUGCUAUUUUUCAUGAUGCUAAUUGCUUUGGCGGUUUCUUCCGUAUCAUUGAGCGGGGUGGCAAAUCUUUGUAUAUUCUCGAGGGAAGGAAUGGUCUAGGGAUUAAGCUCUUUCUGUCAGGGAUUAUGAAAUCACUUAUAUUGUUGAAAGAAGUCAAAGAGCCACCUCUACUACUUGAUCAUGGUCCAGGAAAAAAUACUAAUUUUGAGUUUGACCUUGUCGCCCUGGAUAGACCUUCCUCCUUAUGAGCUCUCAAUUUCUGGCACUCUUUUUCAAAUUGAUGUUGAACGGUCUGACUUUUGUGCCCACACUUUAGCGUUGAGCUCUGAAAUUGACUCCUCAUUAUCACAUAUUAAGGAUUUCUUUCAAACCACUAUGACUCAAGGGGUGGACUCACUUUCUCAAUUUUUAAUCAAAGAGUUUGAAAGAAUCAUUGCAGGUAAACACGGUGAGGAACAACACACUACUUAUUGUACACCCACAGAAACUCUAAGGAAUGCUUCUCUAAGUAGCCGUCAAAAGGGACCUAUGGAAAUAGGGAAAGCUACUAGGUGUACAAUGCCAGACAAUCCAAUGGAGGCUUAUAGAGGUUAUCAACAAGGUUUUGCUUUUGAUGAAGCAUAUAGUGAUUCGUUCUUUUCACAUACGGAGAAUGAAUAUCUUGGUCAUGCUUCAGAAAAUGAGAAUAGGGUUCCAUUCUCAGCGGUAGAAGAUCUGUGGGACUCUGAUGAAAACAGAGAAAUUUGUCACAAAGCUUUGUUGAUCACAAGUGAAAAUUACUUACCUACAAGUAAUUUGAACACUAGCAUUGGAAUGUACAGGAAGAGUAAGCGGCGGUCACAUCAUAUGAGGACAAGAUCUCAAACCCGCGAGAAACCUUGAUCGGAGGGUCUACUUUUGAGGGGGGUUUAUUGUGCUGUGGGUUGGUUUUAUUUCCUUUCUCAUUAUUUUCAUUAUUUCUUUUUCCUUGCUUUGUAGUUGUACUUUCUUUUUCAUUAAUAAAAAAAACUUGUUUGAGCGGAAA